UUCAUAACGCUCUCUUUGUCGAGAGUCGGGUCGGGUUUUGAUGCUGUCUUCAAUGCUGCUUCAUCAAACAACUGCUUUGAUAUCUCGCAUCAUGAAGUCUAGAGCAUAUGCUCUUUGCUUCAUCUUUGCUCUCUUCAUCCCAAGUCUCUAUGGACAUGUCGCACGCUUAGCUGAUGGAACAUCGCCCUAUAACGGCCGUCUAGAGAUUUUACACAAUGGAACGUGGGGCACAGUGUGUAACGACCUUUUUGGAUAUGAUGAAGGACUAGUGGCCUGCAGAAUGCUUGGAUUUAAAAGGGUUCUGAACUAUAAGGUAGACAAAUGGAAGGGUUCCGAUCCAAUCUUGCUGGAUAAUGUGCAAUGUCGAGGAACGGAAAGCAGUCUGCUACAAUGUCAACACGAUGAAUUAUACAAACACAACUGCAGACAUACUGAGGACGUUGGCAUUGUCUGUGCCAACUAUGGGGAUGUGAGCGCACGUUUGGUCAAUGGGACCUCGCCAUCCAAUGGUCGUCUGGAAGUUUUAAUCAACGAAACGUGGUUCAGCGUGUGUGUCUCUGAUUUAACUCUCGUGUCGCGAGUUGCAUGCACAACACUUGGCUUCCAAAGCUCUAAAUCAGCAGUAUUUGUAGAUCCUUCAAUGUUUGGCCAUGGUUCUGGUGAUCUUUUAGUUCUGCUGGAGUGCAAAAUCUCAGAUACCGUGCUCGACCAAUGUCUCUACACAUUAGUUAUAAGAUCAGAUUGUAAAGAACAACCUGAUCUUGGUCUUAUCUGCAGCAAUCAUUCUGAACAGUUACGAAUGACAAGUCAAAUAAGACCUGAUGUAGGAAUUGUGGAGAUACAGCUAUCAGGUGAAUGGUACUCACUGUGUGUCUCGAAUGAGAGAGCUGCCAGUGUCGUCUGCCGUCAACUAGGUUUACCUGAAUUAUUUGCAGUACCUUUACAGAGGACACAACUCGGAUCUUUGAAAAAUCCUAAACUAAGGAGCGGCUUUGUGUGUUUGAUAUCACAAAACAGCAUUCUUGACUGUCGUCAGAGUAUAACUGAGUGCACCUCAGACUCAUAUUACCACGGCGUCUUUUGUAGCGACUCAAGUUCACUUUUUAUCCAUUUAAUUGGAAUCAAGUACCCUUUAAUGGAGGGAACAAAUGCUACUCUAAUAUGUGCAAACGAACAUUGGCCUUUACUUUUCAAUUACACGUGGCCAGAAAAUGCAGGAGGUUUUCCUCAUGGAAACGAACUGAUAAUUGACAAAAUAACCAAAGAAAACAACGGAAACCAAGUCAGAUGCCAGGCCACCACACGUGAUGGUGCACUUGUACAGAGCGACACCCUAGAGCUUCUUGUUUACUAUUACCCAGUUAUCAGAAUAAUAAUGCUUGACAGGGGAAACAAGACGUUGGGAGUUUUGUCUAAUGACUCUGAGGUCACUCGGGGUCAUCAUGUGACGUUUCGGUGUGAAGCUGACAGCAAUCCUCAUCCUUCUUCUAUCACGUGGUCUGGCAGAGUAAACAGUACUACUAAGAAUUUGCAGAUCAUAGCGGCUGACCAAAAGAAACAUAGUGGCAUCUACACCUGUUCUGUGGUCACUCAAGUCAUAAAUAAUGAUGAACGUCUACCAUUGGCGACAUCUUACACGAUUAAUGUCGUUGUUACAGGUAUUCUCCACUGA